UCACUUGCAUUUGGUUGGAUAUCGCAUUUUGCUAAAAACCGGUUUGUCUACCUCGUUUGAUUAUCGUAAUUUUCAUUAAAUAACAAAUAAUUUCUAUUGAAAUCUAAUAAAAUUAUAUAAAAUGAGUGAAAUUUGCAUUUUAUGUGGCAAAACUGCUGCCCUAAUGUGCCAAAGAUGUAUGGAAACAUACUGCUCGACUAAUUGCCAAAUUCUCGACUGGAGAGCCCACAAAAAAAUAUGUUUUCACAUUCCCCCACUGGUGCCAAUAAACAUCAAAGAUCAUCAUGCAUUACUCAAUCGCUCCUUCGUAAGUGAUUCAUCGCGAAAUCGUUCAUUGAAUGACAGCAGCAAAACCACAAAGCGUAAUCUGGCCCGUAAUCCCCUUAAAAUACCAUCCGAUGAAAUGGCUUCCAUCGAAAUAACCGACUCGAAGCAGCGCCCUGAAAAAGAUGCCACCAAAAAUUCUCUUCCCGAUGUUGAUUUCACCCUCAAACCCAAAAUAAUCUCAAAGGAGAAUGAAAUCAAAUCCUCCGGUGCAUCGAUAAGCUCAAAGGUUUCUACACGUACUGGCGCCUGGCGAACACCAUAUCCCUAUCCAGAGGGAGAAUUCUUCGAUGUAAUGGUUCAGUAUAUUGAUGAAGGUGUCAACGUCGGCAUUGUGUGGGUCACUGACUUAAAGUACGAGAGUCCGUUGCGUAAGCUUUUGGCCGAAAUAAACCGAAAUAUCGAUUACAACUCUGCUCGAUGCGCUACCGAGGAAAUUCAAGUUGGUGCCCUCAUAGCCGCCCCUUUCGACAACCUUUUCUAUCGAGCAGAAAUAAUUGAAAUUAUUGACGCUUCAAAAUCGUGCAAUGUCCACCUUAUCGACUAUGGCAAUAUGGUAACAGUGCCAUUCAAAGAUCUCCGUUCUCCGAUACCAAUAAUGCGCAAUCUAAAUGCCUACGCCUUUAGAAUUCGUUACUCAAAACAAGUGCCUUUGGAAACUAUCUUGACCAUUCGUGUAGUCGGUAUUGAGGCAGAUGGUGUGGCAAAAAUAGAAGAAAAAUUAUCAAGCAUCCUGCCAGUAGGACUCACCGCUGAAAUAUUCGAAACUAAUCCUGCAGUGUCUUUGGUAAAGAUAUCCGAAAAUGGAAACUAUGCACUGCUGACACUCACCAAUGAAGAUGUCCAUAACAAACUUAAGCAAAUGCACGAACUAUUGGACAAAGAAGAAGCCAAAAAGUUGAAAAUGGAUAAGCAAUCGGCUGAUGGUGAUUAUGUUGCUGCUCUAGCUUUGAAUGGCUGGUCGAGAGGUCUGGUUAUGAGUACUUAUCGAAAUUAUUAUCUAGUCUAUCUAAUGGAUGUGGGUCGGGUAUCUUUGGUAGAGCAAAUUUGUGCCGUCCCAGAUGAGUUCAAGGCAAUUCCAAUGCAAGUAUUUGCUGUUGAAUUGCAAAAAGUAUUGUGCGAUGCAAAGAAUUUCACAGAUUGUUUAUUUGACGGCCAAAGUUUCACCAUCAAAGCCCAACAGAGCCCCAAGACUAGCAGUGAUCGUAUUCCCUGCUCCAUGUUUACCAGUUGUGGCAAGAAAAUAGCCGAAGUAGAGACAUUUAAAUACUUGGGCAAAUGCGAGAAAGUUGGAGUAAGUGAUUGGGUUGAACCUCUUGUAUCUGGCAGCACUGUGCAUGUAACCAGUGCCAUCAGUCACUCGGAAAUAUACAUCUCGCUAGUAUGCACAAAGAUGUAUCCGAAGAUUCUGUCAGCUGCUGCUGAAGACUGUGAGCCACUGACUUGUGCUAAAAAAGGUGACCUUGUGCUUGCUAAAUUUGAAAAUGAAUAUUUCCGAGCAAAAAUUAUUGAUGCUGUAAAUGAAUCAGCUAAAGUUAUAAAUGUUGAUACUGGUCUUGAGGUGGUUGUAUCGAUUAAGACUAUGCGCAAACCAAAUCUUUUUGUUGUCUCUUGUCCAUAUCACUCAAGGAAGGUGAAAUUGUUGUAUUUGUCGAAUGUGGCAACGCCAUAUAGCGACAAUAAGGCUUUGGCUACUCUCGAACAAUGCCAAAUGACAGGGGCUGAGUUUAUUCUCAAGUUUGACUCGAAUCCGGAACUUGGUGUGGAAUUGGUCCUUCAAACACCCGAUCAUCAAUCGCUCAAUAAGCAACUUUUGCCGAUGUUGUUCGAGAAGAGACCGGAUACGGCUGCUGAUUUUGUGAAAGAAAAAACCCCUGUGCCUGAGAAGAUCAAAGCGGUCGUUGCAAUUGAAACGCCCCCACCAAGUCCCAAAGUGGUAGUUGAAACGAAGAAGAAGAUUUACACUCUUCAAGAUUUGGAAGUUAUUCCAAUUACUUGCGGUGAUAAUGUACCCCUUAUGGUCACUGACAGUAGCACCAUUUCGAAGGGCUAUAUAUCUGCUUGUGACUUGACCAGUAAAGCCUUUCUUAGGAAACUCGAGUCGGAAUAUUUGCCACUUGUUGCUAAACAUUGUGCAUCUUCAACUGGUAUUACUGAAUAUUCUCCAAGUUUGGAUGAAAUUUGCUUGGCCAUAUUUGAUGCCGACAACGAAUGGUAUCGUGCACUUUGUAUUAGUUUGUUGAAUGACGAUAUGUUUUACGUUAUGUUCUUGGACUAUGGAAAUAUGUGUAGUGUGCAUAAGAGUAAUAUACGACCAAUUACUGAGGAACUUAUGUUCCCAGCCAAUGCUAAUAUGUGCUUUUUUGAAGGAAUACCACAAGAGGUACCGCCAAAGGCAUGUGAAAAGUUUAUCACAGCAACCCAAGCUGAUCCAAAAAUAUUUGCCAAAGUUGCAAAACUCGAACAAGAUUCUUAUCUGCUCUCACUUAAAAAUAUGGAAAAGUAUUUUUAAAGACAUUAUUUUUUCUAAUCCAAAUCAAUGAAAGAGACCCUUAGUUUAUUACCCUGGAGGUAUCUUUAAGUUGUUCUUUUUUUUUUUUUGUUUAUUUUUUUUUUAAUGAUACUAAUAGUGUUUUAAAAAGUUGUUCAAGUGUUACACCUUAAAGUGUAUUACUGUGGAGUAUUGACGAUAAUCUUUUGAUACAUAUUGACGAAAUAAAAUUUCUUUACAAAAACAA